AUGCUAAAUUUGAAUAAAUUCUUGUCCCAUAGAAACAAAAGGCCUGAAGGGAUACAACCAAACUUUUUCUUGGCUGUGCGCAUUCAUAAUCCUGAGUUACACAAAAAGGUCGAUGGUAUCCAACACUCGAUUGCGAAAUAUGAUGAGAAACUGAGGCCAACUACUAUCUCCUCUGAAAAAUUGCAUGUUUCCCUUAUGGUCAUGCGCCUUGAGAAUGCUGAAGAAAUCCAGAGAGAGGGAAAAAUAUUACAUCAGUGCAAGACACCUGUGGAAGCCAUCGCAGCCAAAAGUGCAAUGACAUUAAGAUUCUCUGGUCGUGGCCACUUUGGGCAUCAAUUUCUCUAUACAAAACCUGAUGUAAAGGAAACAAUUUUUUUAGAAUCCGUUGAGGAAACUGUGCGCAAAAUAUUUACAAUAGAAGGAAUUCCUUCGACUGAUUCUCGAGUACACACCUCACUUGAGCAUCAUGAAAAUAGAAGAGAAAAAGUUUAA